UCUCCAGUGUUUUACCUAUGUCUCAUUCUCAACCAGAAGCCCUGAAAUCCGACUGUCUGGUUCCUUCCUAAGCUUAGAAGGAUCUCUCACAAAUUCCACCUCUCGCGGCGUUGGGAUCUCAUAUUCACAUUACCAUCUACAGCACAGAAGCUAUGUUUCUCCUUGAUUGGUUCUAUGGCGUCCUGGCCUCUCUUGGUCUCUGGCAGAAAGAGGCCAAGAUCUUGUUUCUAGGGCUCGAUAAUGCGGGCAAAACCACCUUGCUUCACAUGUUGAAAGAUGAGAGAUUGGUCCAACAUCAGCCUACUCAAUAUCCUACAUCCGAAGAGCUCAGUAUUGGGAAAAUUAAGUUUAAGGCAUUUGAUUUGGGUGGUCAUCAGAUGGCUCGCAGAGUCUGGAAAGAUUACUAUGCCAAGGUGGAUGCUGUGGUGUACUUGGUUGAUGCCUAUGACAAAGAGAGGUUUGCAGAAUCAAAAAAGGAACUGGAUGCUCUCCUCUCUGAUGAGGCUUUGACUGAUGUUCCAUUUCUCAUCUUGGGGAACAAGAUUGACAUACCUUAUGCUGCUUCAGAGGAUGAGUUGCGAUACCACCUAGGCCUGACUAACUUCACUACAGGAAAAGGGAAGGUAAACCUGGCAGACACAAAUGUGCGUCCUUUGGAGGUGUUUAUGUGCAGCAUUGUGCGCAAAAUGGGAUAUGGUGAUGGCUUCAAGUGGCUCUCUCAAUACAUCAAGUAAUGUACUGCUCAGGAAGACGUUUGGAAGAACCACCAAAGCCCCCAGCCCAGCACGCCCAGUCCAACCGAAAAAAAGUUGUAUUCAUCCCCUGUUUAAAUUGGAUGUAUUGUGAUCCGGAUAUGUGUGGAAGGAACUAUUAAUGUCACCGAUCUGUAAAAAUUACUUGUGGCAGCAAGUUGUUCUUUGCACUUGUGGUUUGUCAAUUGACUUACGCCAAUCUCUUGCUGUAGUCUUGUUACGGUAGAUCCAGAAAAUUGAAAUUUCCAUUAUAGUUUGCAUCUGCUAUGACGCACUGUGGAAUGUAUUUUAUUUAACUAGUUGUAUCUUUUGUUUCUGCAAUGACAUGUUGAAUCUAUUGUGUUA